AUGCGGCGCUGGCUGCGAAUCAUGGUGCCGGAGGAGGGCUCUGGCUGCCCGGUGCCCCGCCUGCCCUGGACGUCCGUGCUGCGCCUGGCCCUGAUCCUGUCCCUUACCGGCGUGGUGGCAUACUGCUUCCUGUGCAUCCAGCUGCGCGGCCAGCCCGAGUCACCUGCGCGGGACAUGGCUGAGCUCCAGCUGAAUCACACAGGACAGCGGCAGAAAAUCACACUGCACUGGUUCGGAGGCCCAGCCCUGGGCCGCUCCUUCGUGAAUGGACUGAGGCUGGAUGACAACGGGCAGCUGUGUGUCCAGCGCGAUGGAAUCUACAGGCUGCACAUCCAAGUGACGCUGGCCAACUGCUCCUCCUCCACGCAGGCCACCAGGCCCCCCAGGGCCACCCUGACAGUGGGCAUCUGCUCCCCAGCCGCCCACAGCAUCAGCCUGCUGCGUCUCAGCUUCCACGGAGGUUGUGUGGCUUCUUCCCAGCGCCUGACGCCGUUGACCCACGGGGACACUCUCUGCACCAACCUCACCCUGCCUCUGCUGCCCUCCCCAAAUGCUGAUGAGACCUUUUUCGGGGUUCAGCUGGUGCACCCCUGACUACUGCACGUCCUGGCCCAGAUUUGUUGGGAGAGUGUAUUUUCUCUCUCUCCCUCUUUUGUU